AUGGCUGCCGCAAUCACCGUUCAGGAGAAAGCGGAACUCUCUGACCUGUAUCGCUCCCUUCCUCUUCCAGUGCAAUCGAGAUGCGUACGCCUUCUCGAAGUCCGGGCUGCUGUAAAUCUGGAUGGCAGCGACCCUAUCGCUGUUGAGUUCCGCGUUGCAAACCUCGAGGAAGGUCCUCCAUUCGCUGCUUUGUCAUAUGUUUGGGGCAAGGACGUCGAGCCGCGUAGUAUAAUCUGUGGGACCUACACUCUCAAUGUCACCGUGAACUGUCAUUCUGCCUUAUGGCAUCUACGGAAGAAGCUUGGCGCCUUCACGAUCUGGGUUGAUUCCGUUUGUAUAAAUCAGGAGGACAAGAGCGAGAAAGAACAGCAGAUACCGCUGAUGGGAGAUAUAUACACGGGCGCCGAGACUGUGUACCUUUGGUUAGGAGAAGGAAAUCCCCAGUCUGACAGAGCCAUGAACUUUCUGGGAAGAUGCGGGUUCUUGGAAUACUUUUCUCCCGGUGCCGAUUCGACGGAGGUCAAGAAAAAAGUGAGGUCGGCGUUUUGGUAUCUGAUCACCUCAGCUUUCAAAAUCAGAGACCACCCUUUUCCCACGUGCGGCCCUACGACCAUCCUACGAAUGCUCAAUCGGGUAUACUUAAGAAGGAUCCCAAGAGCAGUCAUCACGACGUACCAGGACAUCGAUGACGUUCUGAGUCGGGAAUGGAUUACACGAAUAUGGACUUUCCAGGAAAUACUGCUUGCGUCGAAUCCUAUCCUGGUCUGUGGCCACCGCCAUCUUACUUGGUCUCGAUUCGCAUUUAGCAUCGUAUUUCUUGCUUACCCUGCACACGCUCCUGACACAGAUCUACUACGACAUAGGGGUGGAGACACAUCCAGACUGCCGGCCUGGAUAAAGCUUGUCUUUAGUAGGGCUCGUCUUACCGAGCCUAAGUCACGGCCGCGCAACACUCGCUCACCACGACCGGAAACAUCUAAGCUAAACGAGCUUCGGAUGUACCAAGAGUUUCUUCGAAGCGUCCUGCAAAAGUACUGUAAUUUCCACUACUGGUGGGAAAAAGUGCAGGUAAUAUGGACGGUAAUCUUUGUAGUGGUAGUCUUUUCAGUCCUUGCAUACAUUGAGAAGACAAGUACAAUCUCGGACCGGAGUAAGCAAGCAGCUCUCAAGGGGGAUUUCAUUUUCGCACUGGCUUUCUGCAUCUUCAUUCUCUCGCUGAAUCUAGUAUGGAGAGCUAGAAUCAGAAUUCCCCAUUGGCGCAGAUAUGGUCGGCAAGAAAGACCAGCCGAGGAUCUAGUUGAUGGAAUCAUCUCAAGAAACUCCUUCGAUCCAAAGGACAAGGCGUUCGGGGUACAAUCUGUCCUACAGAGGCUAGCGCCACAUAGUCACCCAGAGCCAGACUAUAGCAUGCCGUUGGAGCAGAUCUACAAGAAUUUGUCGGUUCGGUUGCUUCACGCAACUAAUUCGCUUCAUUUAUUGUAUGCGGCAGCUUCCAGCGACAUAGCUAGACGCACUCCAUCAUGGGUCCCUGACUUUUCGAAUAACAAUUCGGCCAUCUGGAGUGCCGUUCCGCUAUUCGUAGUAGAAAGGAGAAACCAAUCCAUACCAUUCUGGAGGUUGGAUCCGAACAACAGCGACCUUCUCAUAGUCCGCGGCUAUCAAUAUGCCAGCAUCAUUUCUUGCUUCCAUUUCAAGACCACAUCCGAUAAAUAUCUCGACAGCGAAGCGGCUAUACAUCGCGAAAACCUCCACAGUAUGCUAGCUGUUCUCAAAGCGCGUGUCUUGUCUCGAGACGCUGUGGAGAUACUCAUGCAUAUGUUGGAAGAAGAGCUGCAACAGCCCGCAACAGUACACUACACACGCUCAGAUUUCAAGUUGAUGGCCUGGUUGGCUGUAUUACACAGACAUGCAGGCCGAAAAACACCUCCAGACCUACUUUCAAGUGUCAAGCGCCCCCAUGUUUUCGUAUUAUCAAUAUUUUCCUAUGUUUUCUUCUUAUUCUUGACCCAGGUUUGGGUUCGCAAUGCCAAGAUUCUGCAAACUCAGAUCACUAUUUGCAAUCUCUUAGCUGCGAGAAAGCGAAGUUUUUUUCUAUACAAAACGGAUAUGAGAGGCUCAGAGACAAAUCACAAGCACGGCUUUGGCAUGUGUAACGCGAAUGUGCACGUCGGCGACAGUCUGGUGUUUCUUUCGGGUCUUGGUGACUACUUCAUACUUCGUGGCGACCACGGCUUGACGCAAUUGAUCAGCCCAACUGAGACACUGCGGGAGCCGAUAAGACGGGCAUCUAUAUUGCCACGGUUAAUUCAAUCGACAGUAAGAUUUAUACGUAGUUGGGACGUUUUGUUCAUCAUGCUAGGCUGGCUGGAAGAUGUGGAAACCCCAUUUGCAAUGGACUGGAAAGGAGAGGAGGAGGAUGUGGAGUUUAUGUUGCGUUGAUGCUGUACUUUAUCGCAACAAACCACCCUUUCGAAGUUGUCUGACAGAACACGUGCCAAGAAAGGAAAUCUCACGCAGUCGUCGAGACGCUGCUAUGUUUCAGCAGUCUCAUACCCAGAUCUGACGUUCUCCUUCCUCCCGCAACGCCGAUGUCGCCGCGAAGUGCUCUCGCCAGGAGUUUUACCUCGUCGGACCGCUCUAAGAGGCUGGGGUAUACCACUUCAAGUAGUAGUGAAGACGCACGUACAGGCUCCCGACCUUUCACUCCAUUACCAACGCCGUUUCUUCUCUUUGUUAUGGAGGCAAGCUCAACUCGCAAGUCGCGCCCAACAAAAAGCAGAAGAAAAUGGCGAAAACAGCAAACUUCAUGUUCCCAGCGAGCAUCGAACUCCGUCCUCGAUAGCAAAACAAAAUGGCAAAAACGAAACCACCCAGCUACCACUGCGCUACUACGUAGUAGAGUCGCAAUUUUUUACGGGAUCCCUG